UUAGGGCCACAGAAUUCAUACUCAGGACAGACAGAAUUGUUACUGAGUGCCAGAGAAUUGUUACUUAGGGCCACAGAAACGUUAUUAGGGCCACAGAAUUGUUACUCAGGGACAGACAGAAUUGUUACUGAGUGCCAGAGAAUUGUUACUUAGGGCCACAGAAACGUUAUUAAGGGCCACAGAAUUGUUACUCAGGGACAGACAGAAUUGUUACUGAGUGCCAGAUAAUUGUUACUUAGGGCCACAGAAACAGAAUUGUUACUUAGGGCCACAGAAACUUUUAGUUAGGGCCACAGAAUUGUUACUCAGGGACAGACACAGAAUUGUUACUGAGGGCCACAGAAC